UUGCUUCUUUGUAUCUUUGGUACACUUUGUAGGGCUGAUCAUAAAUAGGCUUAAACUUCACCACAAAUACAAGAUAUUACAAAGAUAUUACAAAUCAUGGAAGCCUCCACACCCAUGUCCAGAUGGCAAACGUUAUUGUGUUAUUGACCCAUGUAAUGAUCUUGUACGCCCAAAUUGCCCAGCAUGCCCAAAAGCUACUUGUGUUUCCAACUAUUGUGACUACUGCUUUCCUGCACUCUUCAACUUCAAAGGUAGUUGGGUCAACUGCCGUAGAGAAGAAUUUGAGUGUGAAAAUCCAGUCCGGUGUCUAGUGAAUCCAUGUGAUCAUGUCAAUCCUCCACGCAAAGGACACUGUGUUGCUAGCUACUGUGACCCAGAUGUACCUUGCAAGGCAGUCUGUUUUGACCAAAAAUGCAGGAAAGUACCAUGCAGAUAGAAGGGCUAGUGUACUUAACAACAUAAUGAACUAUUACGAUAAAACCAAAGUGCCGAUACUUAUUGUCUUUGCAUCCUGGGAUUUUCUAGUGAAUUUAAAAAUAUAACAUUUUAUGGAUCAUCAAUCGUGCAAUUGUCAACACUGAUAUUAAAAUAAAAUAUUUCA